AAAUCUUGCGUCAUAUUUACUAUAUAUUUCCGUAGAUUUUUUUUUUUACGUCUAAGAAUAAAAAAUGAACAAAAAUUAAGUUUAACAUAAGUCAUUAACUACUUUUCAUGAAAAAAAUCAUCUUAAAAAGCUGGAGAUACAACUGUAUCCUCUAUUGUAUCAAUGAAUACUACAAGUCUACGUUUUGGAAUGAUACAAUAUACAACAGCGACUGAAGUUGCAAACGAGUUUCCUUCUCUACCUCCAGAGGUUGAAGAAGGGAAUAUAGAAUACAAGGUUGAAGAAGGGAAUAUAGAAUACAAGCUAAAGCUUGUUUGUCCAACAGAGUCUCGGUUUGAACACCUUGUUACACAGAUGAAAUGGCGUUUAAAAGAAGGUAAUGGAGAAGCUAUCUAUGAGAUUGGAGUUGAAGAUAACGGUUUGAUGACAGGUCUUCUUAAAGAAGAUCUUGAUGCUUCCAUGAAAACACUAAAAGAAAUGGCAAAUAGAUUAGAUGCUGAGAUAAUAGUUAUUUGUGAACGAACAAUAGAAAAUGUUGGGCAACCAUCUAAAUUUGCAGUUGAGGUUCUUGUAAGAAAGAUACCUGAUUGUCAAGAGUUUAUUGAAAUUAAAGUGGCUUGUCUUGGGAAUGCUGAUGCAGGAAAAAGUACACUUCUUGGAGUUUUAUGUUAUGGUGACCUUGAUAAUGGAAGAGGUAGAGCACGUCUUAAUGUUUUUCGUCAUUUACAUGAAAUUCAAUCAGGGCGUACAUCCAGCAUAAGCCAUGAAAUCCUUGGAUUUGAUCGGAAAGGACAAGCAUUAAGCUGCAAUAUUUCAUCUUUAGAAGAAAUAUGCUCCUUAGCAACAAAGUUAAUAACUUUUUUAGAUUUGGCUGGUCAUCAUAAGUACAUAAAAACUACAAUUUUUGGUCUUACUGGGUGUUCUCCUGAAGUUGUGUUAUUGGUAAUAGAUGCUAACCGAGGAAUAGUGGGAACAACAAAAGAGCAUUUGGGACUUGCAGUAGCAUUGAAAAUUCCUUUUCUUAUUGUUGUUAACAAAAUUGAUCUCUGUGAUCAAUGUGUCAUUUCUAAAACAGUGAAUCAGCUUGAAAAAAUAUUAAAGUCAACAGGACUAAAAAAAAUUCCUAUGAUUAUUAAUGAUCAAGAUGAUGUGCUAUCUGCUGCUAGUAAUUUUUCUUCGCAACAGAUUGCUCCAAUCUUUCAAGUAUCUAGUGUGACUGGAAAGAACUUGGAUUUGCUUCGUUCAUUUUUUAAUGUGUUGCCGUCUUUAAAAACAAGGAUUCAACAAGAUGAACUUCUUCAACAAUCUGCUGAAUUCCAAAUUGAUGAGGUGUUCACAGUCCUGAAUGUAGGUUCAGUUCUGGCAGGUACUUUGAGAUCUGGUACAAUUAGAGAAAAUGACAAAAUGAUUAUUGGUCCGACAGAUGAUGGUUCAUUUUUUCCUGCUGUCGUUGCUUCAAUUCAUCGCAAUCGUUCUCCAUGUCGCCUCAUACAAGCAGGAUACAAUGCCUGUAUAUCUUUAGCUGACUUACCAAACGGAUUUAUUUGUCGCAGAGGUCAAGUAUUAUUGGAGUACAAAGAAAGCCCACCUGUAACUUGCAUGCAGUUCGAAGUUGACUUUUUUUUGUUGUUUCAUAAUACUAAAAUAUCAAAAAAGUUCCAAGCCUCUCUUCAUGUUGCAAAUGUUGUUCAAACUGCUGUGAUCAAAAGAAUGGACAAAGAUUUUUUGCUUACUGGUCAACGAGCAAAUGUGCUUUUUAAUUUCAUUAGUCGCCCUGAAUACAUCCGAAAAGGUGACAGAGUAUUGCUGCGUCAAGGUCAAACAAAAGGAAUAGGAGAAAUUAAAUCCAUUUACCCAUACAUAAAAGAAAGUAAAAAUUCAAAUAGUGAUUCUGAAUAAAUGGUUUCUUACUUUUUUA